AUGGUGGGUUAUGAAUUAAAAAAAUUCAAUGGAUAUCCUACUGAAGAUCCCGAAGAACAUAUUGAAGAAUUUAGAUUGUGGCUUGUAGGUUCUGGAAUAGAUAUAGGUGCUGGCCAUGCUAAUAGAAUUAAUGCUCAUGGUGUUUUUAUAGCAUCUCUCAAAGGUGAUGCUAGAAGAACCAUCCAUGGAAAAAAUUGGGAAUUGAGAAAUUUACUUGAUAAUACAGCACAAGCUAAUUUAGGUGCAGUCCAAGGGCGAACAGCGCCCCAGUUAGGCAUACAAGCAUUAAAUCGGGCUAAUGGACAAGCUGGCAAUAUUGUAAUUCCAGCUCAUACAGUAUUUGAUGAAGAUUGGUCUUUUGCUGAUGGACGACCAACUGAUCGCUUACCCAAUGCACCCAAUACUAAUACAGGUAAUACUGUAGUUGUAGCUGGAAUUAGGCUUGGUCAGGUAUUAUAUUGGUUUAAGACUAAUUAUCCCACAGUUACCACUGAAAAACAGCAAGUUCUCUUUGGUACAACUGUUCAAGGAGCUAGGCUUGCUGGUAUUGAUGAACAGCAGAUUCGAUUACAAUUUCUUUGUGGACUUUCACCCGCAAAUCAAAUGGAAGUUCAAUGUUUAGGAAUUGAAAAAUCUGUGAAUGAAUUGCUCCCACGACUCGAAGAAAUUGAAAGAUAUACAGCGGAACAAUUAUCUGGAGCUUACCUGCAUUCAAACUCAGAUUCAGUAUCAUCCAGUAAAGGUCAUGGAAAGAAUAAUUACUCAAGCAAUAUGGGUAUGAGUAGAGAUGAAAUGGAAAGCUUUGUAAAAUCUAUUAUAGCUUCAUCACAAUCUCAACCAGUUUUGCAAACUACCUCUUCUAAAUCUCAGGAAAAUCAAUCUAAUCAAAUCACGCUUUCACAAGAUGAUUUCAAAAAAAUUAUAGCAGAAAAUGAUCCUUUCAAGCAAAUAACUAGUAAAACUUUUCAAUUGAAACACGUUUUUCAUCAUGGUGUUGAUACUGUCGCAGACAAUUUAUUCAUUCGUUUAGACAUUGAUGAAAAUAAAAAUUGGGUUUCUACUUAUAUUAUUGAUGUUAUUGAAGCUUCAAUGUUGCAUUUUAAAGAAAUUUUCAUGUCACUUUUAAAUAAGAAAACUAAAAGUUUGCCAAACCCAAAAGAUAAAAAAAUAAUUCUUGGCUUAGCAAAAAUGUCAUAUGAUGCAUAUAUUGAUUUAGACGAAACAGACCAAUGGGUAAUUUUGAGUGGAAGUUGGGAUAAACUACCAUUUGGAUGGAAAGAUAACGGAAUUAGAGGUUAUGUUUAUGCAGAUGAAUCAAAUUCAACAGUUAUUAUUGGUAUAAAAGGAACUAGUAUAAAUUGGAUUAACGGAGAUGCGCCAACAGCAGGAAAUGAUAAAUAUAUUGAUAAUUUGAUGUUUUCAUGUUGUUGUGCAAAAGUUGAUUUUCUUUGGAAUGGUGUUUGUGGCUGCCAUAUCGAAGGACAACAAUGUAAUUCAACAUGUAUAAGUAGCGAAGUUUAUCAAAAGAAUACUUAUUAUAGUAAUGCUUUGAGAAUUUAUGAAGAAACCCAAAAAAAUUAUCCUAAUUCAACAAUAUGGUUGACUGGUGGAUCACUUGCUUCACUAGUUGCGCUUAAAUAUAAAGUUCCUGCUGUAACAUUUCAAGCUCCUGGUGAUUUAUUAUAUGCUAAGCGUUUAGGUUUAGAUACAACUGAUUCAUAUAAAUUACCGAUAUACCAUUUUGGUCACACAGGGGACCCUGUAUUUAUGGGCGAAUGUAAUGGAUUAGCUUCUACAUGUUAUCAUUUUGGAUAUGCUAUGGAGACAAAAUGUCAUACAGGAAAUACUUGUUCAUAUGAUACAAUUUCUAAAUUUGGAUGGAGAUCAGAAAUCAAGAAUCAUUCAUUACUUUUAUUCAUUAAAAAUUCAUCACAGUCACCGCAGCCACAACAUCCUGAACAAUCACAACAUCCUGAACAGCCACCACUUCCUGAAUAG